AUGACGCUAUUGCAGGAGCACGGGAUUGUAACAGUUCAAGGACUGCCAGGCCCAGGAGGGCGGGCCGCCGAUGACCGCCGACGGCUGCUGAAGGCCGCCACGGGGCGCCUGACGGCCGCCGCGGGCUGCCGACGGCAGCCGACGGCCGCCGACGGCCGCCGCCGGGAAGUGGCCACCGCCGCGAGCCUCCUGGCGGCCUCCGCCGACGCCCCGUCGGGCGCGCUGCGCGCGAGCGUCGUGCCCAUGAAGGUGCUCCGGGAGCUCGUGGGCCCCGCCGGGUCCGCCUCCGCGGAGCCGCUGCGCGCCGCGUCCGCGGCCCGCCGG